UCGAAGUUCUUAAAAAGCAAGCAAGAAUCGUUCUUUCGAUCAAAUAAUUGUUAAUUACUGUACAAAUAAUAAAGGGUUUCUGUCAGAAUUAGAGAAUUGUACUCCAAAUUACUCUAUUUUUCUUCAAGAAAAUCAGGGUUUCUUCAAUUCAUCUUCUGAAUAUGAAGAAAGAUUUUAAGGGUUUUAGUCCUAUAACACCUCUAAGAGUUAAAUCAUGUCCAUGUACACCAUUAAAACCUACUCCUUCAUCAUCAGAAAAGAAGAAGACAAUCUCUUCUUUAACCAAUUCAUUUCAUUCUCCCUGUAACAAAGUUCCUACUGGUGAUUCUCCUUACGUUAAAGCUAAACACGUUCAGAUAAUCGAAAAGGAUCCAAGCAAGGCGAUACCACUAUUUUGGUCUUCCAUAAAUUGUGGUGAUAGAGUUGAUAGUGCAGUGUUAGACAUGGCUGUUGUAAUGAAGCAACUGAAUCGUGCCCAAGAAGCGAUAGAAGCGAUUAAAUCGUUUCGUAGUCUGUGCUCUCAGCAAGCUCAGGAAUCUCUUGAUAAUGUGCUCAUUGAUCUUUACAAGAGAGCUGGUAGGAUCGACGAACAUAUCGAGCUCCUUCAGCAUAAACUCCAGCUCGUUGAAGAUGGUGCAACAUACGGUGGGCAACGAACUAAGGGCAAGAAGUACCUAUGCUCCAUUGAGCACGAGAAGUCAAGGUUAUUAGGGAACUUGGGAUGGGCUUACAUGCAACUGGAGAACUUCCAAGUUGCCGAAGAAUUGUACAGGAAAGCUUUAUCUAUCGAGCCAGAUAAGAACAAAGAAUGCAAUCUUGCCAUCUGCUUGAUGCACAAAGGAAGAAUUAUGGAAGCGAGGUCUCUGCUUCUAACUGUUAAACCUUCAGCAGCUGAGCGUGAGUUAUCUGAUUCCUAUAUUAAAUCAUUUGACCGUGCUACCGAGAUGCUGUCUGAGCUUGAUUCAGGUCGACUUCUGAAACCACUUGAGCAGAAGAAAGACGAUAAUAUCAAAUUGGAGACUCAGGCAUCUUUUACAUCUCCAGUCAAAGUGAAUUUCAGUUCACCGGUUUCUUCCAGAUAUGGAGAUCAAGAAAAUAAUGAGCUUGGCGUAGAAUGUGUAGAAAAUUUAAAGCAUCAAAGCCAUGUGGUUGGUGUAAGAGGUUUGAAGCAUUCAGAUUCACGAGUUUCUUCUACUACUAAAGUUCAGCAGACUGGCAUCAGAAGAUGCUUAGAUAACUCACAUCCAAGAGUGUCACCAGUUAGUGGGCAGUAUCAAAAUCAUGGGUUCGGAGGAAAAUGCAGAGCUCAUGAUUCACAUUUAAGGGUUUCACCCAGUAAUGGACACCAUCAGAACCAUGGGUUUGGAGGAAAAUGGAGAGAGGAGAAUUCUCAUUUAAGGGUUUCACCAAGUAACGGACAGCAUCAGAACCAUGGGUUCGGCAGAAAAUGUAGAGAGGAGGAUCCUCAUUUCAGGGUUUCACCAAGUAAUGGACAGAGGAGAAAUCAUGGGUUCGGCAGAAAAUGGAGAGAGGAGGAUUCACAUUCACAAAAUCAUGAGUUUGGUGGAAAAUGGAGAGAGGAGGACUUAAACAAAGUUGAAAAACCAACUCUUGUUGAGGAAUAUUCUGGUAGUGAAACUACUGAUAGUCUGAUGAGCAGCACCCCCAUGAGCCAAGAAGGGAUGAAUGGCGCAGAUUCUGGUUUUGGAAACUGGAAACCUUUCAAUUCCGCUAAGGGUGGGAAAAGUUGGGCAGAUAUGGUUGAAGAAGAGGAGGAGGAGGAACGUUUAAGUAGAUUCAGCGACUAUUCUGCAAAUAUGGUUGAAUCAGUCAGUGACUGGAGCAGUGAAGAUUCGAGUUACAUGUCUCAAGAGACUCGUAUUACUUCAACACGACUAUCAGUUGAUAAAUGGUAUGAAAAGAACGAAGCUGUUUACAGCAGUGACAAUUUGAAUUCCAAAGCUACUGCCUAUCAUGAAUUAUCAUCAGCGAAGGAUAUAGAGGAUCAUCUACAAAGGAAGUUUGAAGCAGUUGAUAUUGAUGGAGAAUUCAGAAAACCAGCAGCUCGACGUUCUCUAUAUUUUGAUCAGAAGCAGGAACAAGAACCCUCUGUGCAGAAUUGUGCAGGUAAUCCAAGUACUCCAGAUUGGAGAAAGAAUCAACACUGUUAAGAAAAGAUAGGCUUCAUGUUUUUGAGGAAAUCACUUGUCAGGAUAGUAUCUGUAUCUAACAGGUUUGAUAUUUCGUUUUGUAUAGACAUAUGCAUAUAUCAGGAUAGUGUCUGUAUUUAACAGGUUUCAUAUUUCGUUUUGUAUAGACGUAUACAUAAUUUUUCAUAGUAAUGUUCUACUGUAAAAUCUGUAGCAGUCAUCUGUUUCAGAGA